AGUAGCAGGGAAUAAAAAAUUGGCAAGUGGGGAGGUGGAAGUGAAGUGAAAGGUGUGGCGUCUUGAGUCAAAAGUAACCGCUUCUGAUCAACUAUAAGUCUAAUGUUUUGUUAAGGUUAUUGUCUGUGUGUCUGUGUGGCAUGGACAUGGACCUCAAUAGAAGAUGGAUCUGUCUUCUGUGAGGGUCUUAUCUUCCCCAUGUCCAUGGAAUUUCUCUUUCCUUUUAUAACUGCUUUCCUCUUUUGGUAAUUUCAUCUGUAAGGUUGCCCUAUUUGCCCCAUAAUUUGUACAGUACGUCACUAUGGGAGUGGACAACGAUUCCACUUCACAAUGCAACGACCAACACAGCAAAAUCAACUCACUUGUCGUCUUGAAUGUUUACGAUCUCACCCCUAUUAAUAACUACCUCUACUGGUUUGGAUGUGGCAUCUUUCACUCUGGCAUUGAAGUGCAUGGUAAGGAGUAUGGAUUUGGAGCGCAUGACUUCCCAGCAAGUGGAGUUUUUGAAGUGGAGCCAAGGAAUUGCCCUGGAUUCAUAUAUAGAUGUUCCAUCACUUUGGGUCAAACCAAUAUGAAUCCUUCUGAGUUCCGAACAUUUAUUGAAGACAUGGCUUCCAAGUAUCAUGGGGAUACCUACCACCUUAUCACUAAAAACUGCAAUCAUUUUACAGAUGAUGUCUCCUAUAGAUUGAUUGGGAAAAAAAUCCCGGGUUGGGUGAAUAGGCUUGCUAAGCUAGGUGCUUUGUGUAGCUGUCUACUUCCUGAAAGUCUUCAAGUUACAAGUGUUAAACAGCUACCUGAGUACCAUGAAUGCUCGGAUGAUGACUUUAUUGAAUCUCUUUCACCUGCCACUCCCCGUGAGUCAACAGAAAUAGAUGAUGAGCAAGAAAAGCACCUUCUUUCAUCAUCCACUGGAACUGAGGAUGUUACUUUCGUUAAAGAGACUCAAGUAAAAUAAAUAUAGUUUCUUUGAGGUGAGAAAUAACACAGGUUGUCUUCGCUUUGAAUGUUUAUCCAUUUGAUUUGCAGUGAUUCUUUUUUCUCAUUCUUCUGUGGCUUUCUUCAUUUAAUUUGUUUCAUUCAUUGAAAAUGAAGAAGCCAUUCUUCUGUAGUGUGUAAAGUCUUUUGAAUGGGGCUUUUUUGUUUGUGUGUAUUUUUAUUUUCUUUUGAGGGGUGGAAAGUGGGAUGAGGUUUGGGACUCACAAGUCUUUGUUAUAUUGUCAUGUAAAAUUGUAAAUGACACGAGACAUCCAUGUUUGAGGCUUACGAAUGUUUAAUGUUGUUCUAACCAA